AUGGCUCAGACGUUCUUCUCCAAGCCAGAGUACUUCUUUCAGCCUUCCAGCGUUGGGGAGCUCCAGAAGAUAGUCACCCUUGCUCGUCGCCUUCGCAAGAGGAUAUGUGUGACCGGCUACGGGCACUCACCCUCCGACAUAACUUGCACCUCAUCAUGGCUGAUCAACCUCGACAAAUUGAACCGCAUCCUCGACGUCCAGCUCUCAGGCCUGGUCCGCUUCGAAGCCGGAAUCUCGCUCUGUGACCUCAACCUCAUCGAUGUGCAAUCCGUCGCCGGCUCCAUCGCCACCGGCACACAUGGUUCCUCGCUCUCCCACGGCCUCCUCUCCUCAUCAGUCACCUCCCUCACCCUCCUGCUCGCAAAUUCCCAACUCAUCACCUGCACCCCGGACAAAAACCCGGACCUCUUCCGCGCUGCCCUCGUCUCCCUCGGCUCCCUGGGCAUCAUCGUCGAAAUCACCAUGCAAGUCAUCCCGGACUUCAACAUCGCCUGGACCCAAACCCUGCACCCCCUAUCCUCUAUCAUCGCCAACUGGUCCAAAGAUCUCUGGACCCAACAAGAAUACACCCGCGUCUGGUGGAUGCCCUACUCAUCCCGUGCCGUGAUCUGGUCCGCAUCCCACACCACUGGCCCACUCCGGCCCCCGAACACAACCUUCUACGGCGGCAAGUUCGGUUACUACCUCUACCACAACCUCCUCUACCUCGCCCACUACGCUCCCCCGAUCCUCCCAUGGGUCGAAUGGCUCAUCUUCGGCAUGCAAUACGGCUUCAAGCCGGGCAACUUCUCCAUGUCCGCCGUCGAGCCCGCCCGCAACGGCCUAAAGAUGGACUGUCUUUAUUCGCAAUUCGUCAACGAAUGGGCCCUGCCACUCUCCAAGGGCCCCGAAGCCAUCACUCGCUUGGGCGCGUGGAUCAACGGAGACACCCGCACAGCGAAUAUCCCCUUCAGCGCCAAGAAUCUGUACGUGCACUGCCCGAUCGAAGUACGCGUCUCAAACGCGCAGCCCGCCUCGGAUGUCCUCGCGCGUGCGAACGGGGGUGUCACCCCUUACCUCUCGCCGCUGGCCAGGGAUGAGCCGACGCUGUACCUCAACGCAACUCUAUACCGGCCGUACGGGAAGGAUCCGCCGUGCUGGAAGAGAUACUACGAGGCGUUCGAGUGGCUAAUGCGCGAUCUGGGCGGGAAGCCGCACUGGGCGAAGAACUUCAGUUGGACGACGAAGGAGGAGAUUAGGACGAUGUACGGACGGGAAAUGGAUUACUGGCUCAGAGUGAGGAGAGAAGUAGACCCAGAUGGAAUGUUCCUGGGAGAAUGGCACGUCAGGAAUCUUUGUGUGCUCGAGGAGGACAAGGAAAGUGCUGAGCCGCCGCGAGCGGAGAGGGUACUGCGCACAAGCAAGCUGGGUAAAGGCUACGGUGAUGCAGUCCUCUGGGAAGGGCAAGUCGAGGGCGGCGAUGACACGUCCUCACUGCCUCGGGCCCAGCCCAAGAUCGAAGGCUUGCUCCAAGGGCGGACCAUUGAGACCGGAGUGGCAGCAGUAGGGACGGAGAGCGAGAAUGCGACGCCUAGUCCGCCCAACACAAGUGCCAGCCAGGAGAGCUUUGACUAUAUGGCAAAGGGAGAGGCGAGUGUUUGGACGCCGCGUGAGGGGGACGGUGUUGAUUUGUGA